AUGACUGAUCAUAAACCACUAGUGGGAUUAUUCAACCCAGAAAAACCAAUAUCACAGCAUAUAUCACCCAGAAUGUUAAGGUGGUCGUUAAAGUUAGGCACUUACCAGUACGAGAUUAAAUUCCGAGAAGUGAAACAUCACCAGAAUGCAGAUGCAUUGAGCCGGUUACCUUUAAAUGAUGUAAAGCUACAAAUACCGGAAAUACGUGACAUAUUAUAUUGCAAUGAGUCUGAGGAACAGUUUUUAAUCACUGCGAAAGACAUUGCACAAGCAACCAGAAGAGAUCCUGUACUAUCAAAAGUAAUGUGGCAUAUCCAAAGGAAAGAUACAGUUUUGCCAUAUAAAUCAAUCCAGUUUAAACCGUUUGUGAAUAAAAUCCAGGAACUAUCAGUGAAUGCACAAUGUUUGUUAUGGGGAGCCAGGGUAAUAAUACCAGUAAUACUACGUCCCAGAAUACUUGAGAUGUUGCACGAAGUUCAUCAAGGCAUGUCGGCAAUGAAAGCAGUUGCGCGAAGCUAUUUUUGGUGGCCUGGUUUAGAUGAAGAUAUAGAAAUGGUAACCAGACGUUGUGAAAAGUGUGCAUGUAACAAAAAGAAUCCUCCAGUAGCGGCAGGUAAACCAGCAACGCUAAGGCCAUGGUCCCGAUUAUAUAUUGAUUAUGCGGGACCCUUUAUGGGUACAAAUUUUUUUAUCGUCGUAGAUGCUUAUAGCAAGUGGGUAGAGGUAAAAAUAACCAGUACAAUAAAUGCGAUUAGAACAAUCGAGUUAAUGAGAGAAAUAUUUGCAACACACGGAAUACCAGAUACCAUUGUGUCCGAUAAUGGGCGAACGUUUGUGUCAGAAGAAUUUGAGAAAUAUUUAAAACUUAGCGGUAUAAGGCACAUACGUACGGCACCGUAUCAUCCAUCGUCAAACGGGCAAGCAGAAAGGUUUGUACAAACCAUUAAGAAUCACCUGAAGAAAAUGCAAUCUUCAGACAUCAAUAAGAAUUUGGCAAAUAUACUUUUGCAUCUGCGUACAACUCCUAAUGCAAAUUCAAAUUCGAGUCCAGCAGAAAUCUUGAUGGGAAGGAAAUUGAAAACAUUGUUAGAUCAUUUGCACCCCAGUGAUGACAACACUCAGAAGCAGCUAAAUUCUGAUGAAUAUCAAAUAAAACCAGUUCGCAGUUUCCAGUAUGGUGAAAGUGUUUGGUACCGAAAUUUUUGA